AUGGUAACGAAACCCUCAAACAACCUCAGAAGAGAGCACAAAUGGCUGAAAGAAACUAGCUCACUCAUAGAUGACAAGCAACUCGUGCUGCGGGUGAUUAAUGCGCAUAACUUAAACAAGAAAAUGCGCAGAGACCCGCCGAUAGGAUUGCGAGAGACGAAUGCGGUCAUCACUGGUAGCAUCAAGAUAGCGCCGAAAGCAGCCGAGACGUUCUAUGAUAAUAUAGCAGCUGGUACGAACAAUCAAGACAGCUUGAGAGGACACAAUGGUGCACAGAACAGGGAAUCACAACAGCAUAGACCACUCCGACCGGUCUCUGUUUCAGUUCAGAAGCCUAACGUUCCACAUUCAAGCCCUAUCAAGAAUUACCAGCGACGAACCAAUCACUAUGAGUCUCUGGUUGCCUUGCAGAAAUCGAUGAUAAACGUGCUAAAGCUGAAAUCCGAGUUACUGACGCGCAAGUGCCAAAUAAUUGAAUCAACAUCGUUGUCAGAGGACAGCAAAAAAUCUCAACUGUCAUCUGCGAUAAAUCCGCAACUUGCUAAGCUAGAAACGAAAGUUAAUGCACUCGAGAACGAAAUUGCAUCAUCCUGGAAAAGAAACCAAGAAAAUGAGUUCCCUUCCGAUAGAGUCGAUUAUAACAGUUCGAUAGAGACUGGAAAUAUGCGCGAUGCGAAAAUAUCUUCGACAGGCAGUAGUGUCAGUCAUAGCCUGCCCGAUAUGCUGCCAAGCCCAGCCGGCGCUGAUACAGAUAGAAACGCAUCACUUCCGAAUAUCAGCAGGCAUUCCGUGCCGGCCAACUUGGACGAGGAUCUCAUCCAAGUGCUUGAUGAUGAUGAACAUUCUCUGCGUGAGGAUCACGAAUCAGUGGUACUAUCACAAAAAUCAUUACAGAGAGCUCCUACAAUGACCCCACAAAGUCAACAGGCAACUGAAGAGGAAGCUACUGUAGAAUACGACAAAAAUCAUGAUAUAACGACCAGUAGGAAUUUAAGGGCUAGGAAUAAUGUCAACUAUAAAAUACCGGAAAGGGACGAUCCGUUUGAUUAUGUUAUGGGGGUCAAUGAAAAUAAUAAUAGACAUCUUCGAAGCGAUGAUACAAUGGAAGCUGAGGAUGAUAAUUUAUCUGACUAUAUGAGUACAAGAGAUGAGGAUAAAGACGAUGCGAUACACGAAAGUGACUUGGAUUUUGUUGUUGAUGACAAGGUUUACCAGACGGAUGACAAUGAUUACUCAGAUAUGCGAGAUAAUGUUGAAGAAUCGGAUGCGGAUAUGAGCAUGAAUUACGCUGGUGCUGCACAAUCAGAUCCCGUAGAAGUGAUUCUUUCUUCACCUUCAAAGAUAGAUGGGUUCCAUCCAGGAGUGGAGCACAUCGAUCUUCUCGACGAUGAUAUAGAGAAUAACCAGGCUGUCGAAGGUCCGGCUUCUCCUGUCACCAACGCGCUGACCAUGUCUAAUUCAGAUUUGGAGCUCAUAGCGAGUGAAGAGGAAGACGAGUUGUUGGAGCAUGACUUGGAACGGUUCGAUGAUGAACGGGAGAAUAUCGGCGCUGAUACAGAUAUAAAAGAUUUGGAUGACGAUUUGAAGAUAUUGAAUGAAAGGAAACUUGAAGAAGACUCACUUCAAGCCGAGCCCCGAGUCAAGAGAGAGUGUUCUUCUCUGGACAAGAACAGCAUAGGUGAUGAUGAUGACCUUGAGGACGAUUUUUCGUUAGCUGACAUUGUUGGUAGGCGGACCGACUCCACUGCAAAUGAUACUAGAUAUCCAUGGUCUGCAGAGGUCGAAUACCGAUUGCGCGAGAUUUUCAAGCUGCCGGGUUUCAGGCCGCAUCAAUUGGAAGCUAUCAAUGCUACACUUUCUGGAAAAGAUGUCUUCGUAUUGAUGCCCACCGGUGGUGGCAAAUCUUUAUGCUAUCAGCUCCCUGCGAUUGUCAAGUCGGGCAAGACAAAAGGCACUACCAUAGUGAUCUCACCGUUGAUUUCUCUCAUGCAAGACCAGGUCGAACAUUUACUUAAUAAAAAUAUCAAGGCCAGCAUGUUCAGCUCAAAAGGAACAGCUGAACAGAGAAGGCAAACGUUUAACUUAUUCAUUCACGGCUUACUAGACUUAAUAUACAUAUCACCCGAAAUGAUAAGCGCAUCGGAGCAAUGCAAGAGGGGAAUCACAAAACUUUACAACGAUGGGAAACUGGCACGCAUUGUUGUGGAUGAAGCACAUUGUGUCUCAAAUUGGGGUCAUGACUUCAGACCAGAUUACAAGGAGCUGAAAUAUUUCAAGCGCGAAUAUCCUGACGUGCCCAUGAUAGCGCUGACUGCAACCGCAAGUGAGCAGGUGAGAAUGGAUAUAAUUCACAAUCUAGAAUUACAAAAUCCAGUUUUCCUGAAACAAAGUUUCAACAGAACGAAUCUCUAUUACGAAAUUUUAAAGAAAACAAAGAACACUAUCUUUGAAAUCUGCGGCGCCAUUAAAACUCGCUUCAAAGGCCAAACAGGGAUCAUUUAUUGUCAUUCGAAAAAUUCAUGCGAACAAGUGGCAGCUCAGAUGCAGCGCAACGGUAUUAAAUGUGCAUUUUACCAUGCUGGCAUGGAGCCUGACGAGAGACUCACCAUUCAAAAGGCUUGGCAGGCAGAUGAAAUUCAAGUGAUCUGUGCCACCGUUGCUUUUGGAAUGGGCAUAGACAAGCCAGAUGUCCGAUUUGUGUAUCAUUUUACUGUUCCCCGUACUUUAGAGGGCUACUAUCAGGAAACUGGUAGAGCCGGAAGAGAUGGGAACUUUUCUUACUGUAUCGCAUAUUUCUCUUUCAGAGAUGUCAGAACGAUACAAACAAUGAUCCAGAAGGAUAAAAACUUGGAUCGCGAGAACAAGGAGAAGCACUUGAAUAAAUUGCAACAGGUUAUGUCGUACUGUGACAAUGAGACAGACUGCAGAAGGAAACUGGUUCUUUCUUACUUUAACGAGGAUUUUGAUGCUAAGUUAUGCGGAAAGAAGUGCGAUAACUGUCGUAAUAGCUCCCAUGCAAUGACUGAGGAAAGAGAUGUCACAGAAGAAUCACGAAAGAUAGUAAGAGUCGUCGAGUCACUACAGGAUAGUCGCGUAACGUUGAUUUACUGUCAAGAUAUUUUCAAAGGUUCAAGAAGCUCAAAAAUAGUCCAGGCAGGUCACGAUGAGUUAGAGUACCACGGCGCCGGUAAAUCAUUACAGAAGUCUGAGAUUGAGAGGAUUUUCUUCCAUUUAAUUACGACUCGUGUCUUGCAAGAAUACUCUAUCAUGAACAACAGUGGAUUUGCUGUUAAUUACGUGAAAAUGGGUCCUAACGCAAGAAAACUACUUAACGGCAAGUUCGAAAUUAAAAUGCAAUUCACGAGAUCGGCGUCUGGUUCCAGAUCCACUUCAGCUGGAGCCGCAGUUGUAUCGAGAAGCAACACAGCAAGUGAGACAACAACGAAGACAUGCACGUCAAAGACGGGAGCGAGGGAGCAAUUAAGAUCUUAUGCUUACGAAGAACCUGCAAAUGUUUCUGCGAGUCCUAUCUCUCUAAACAAUGAUAUGCAGUUACAUUCUACGCAGGAAUUGAGUGAACUAAAUUUUGCUUUCCAGAAAUUGAAGGAAGCGUCCCUGAACAUCGGAAACAGGUUACAUCCGCCAGUGGCAAACUACCUACCCGAUCUUAUCCUGAAGAAAUUGGCCAAAAUUCUUCCUGUAACUGAAGAAGAAUUCGCUGGACUGCUAGAUGUCGGAGAUAAACAUCGAAAUAAAUUCAAGUAUUUCAAGAACAUUAUAAUGGAGCUGAGAAAACGCAGGAUAGGAUUAAUGGUUGCGUCUCCGGCGGACAUCAGUACUUCAGCAAAUAGCAUAGUCCUCAGUGAAGGGAGUAGCGCAAUCUCAGAGAGCGCUUUAAUCAAAUCGAAAUACUUUGAAGCCGGCGCUGCUGAAGCGAAGGCCACCGAGGAGAUUAUCAACCAGAUUCGUAUGAGUCAGUUGCCCUCAGGAACUGCAACCUCAAGCACAACAACCAGUCAGAGAAAGAAAACAGCUGCUGGUCGUGGAUUUCGCCACUAUAGAGGUAGAAGGAGGAAAAAAUAG